GUUUGAUAUUGAUAGUAGUCUAUAUUGACGACUAAACCCAUCUAUCUCUGUCCCAUUCAUUCCAUCUCUCUUUCUCUCACAAAAUCACUGCUCAACUCCAUUUUUUCUGCUUUGGAUAUUUCUCGCUGAAGAGCCAUGUCGGAGAAGGGUCGCCCAUUGCCGAAGUUUGGUGAUUGGGAUGUUAAUGAUCCUACUUCAGCUGAGGGGUUUACUGUAAUAUUUAAUAAGGCCCGUGAUGAGAAAAAGACAGGUGGGAAACCAGAUUCUCCUUCGAAGGUGGAUACAAAUACAAAUUAUGGAGGAGCAGAACCUAUAAAACCUAAGGGUAAAAAAUGGUUUUGCUGCAUGCAGAGCCCAAGUGCAGAAUCUUGACCAUGUGUAUGUGUAGAAGAAAAAUGUAGAGCAUAUUUUAUGAAGAACGCGGGAGAAUGGGAUGUGCAGGUGCAUUCUAUUCCGUGUGUUGUAAAACUGCGUUCGUGUUCGUUUUCGUGUUCGUGUUCGUGUUGUGCCCAAUCAUUUCCCAAACUUCUUUAAACCCUAUACUGCUAUGUGUGUUCUUGUGGAUCAUCUUCCAUUAGAGGCUUGUUAGUUUUGCUAUUUUUGACGUGUAAAUUAUUUGCGAGUCUCGACGCUUAUUCAUUUGCCACCCA